AUGGUGACCAAGAACUUAUUACAGGGGGACGACGUAUUCGUGACUGUGGAGAACGGAGUUCUGAGGGGCGUGGUGGCCACAUCACUGAACGGCGCUCUCUACAACCAGUUCCUGGGCGUACCAUACGCCGCACCGCCGCUAGGAGAUCUGCGAUUCCGUGCCCCGCAGCCGGCGACCUCGUGGUCCGGUAUUCGAGACGCUCUGUCCUUUGCCGACAUGUGCACUCAGCCCGGCCUUAUGGGCUUGUUGCCCAAUGCUACCGGCUCCGAAGACUGCCUCUACCUGAACGUCUACGUACCGGCUGCGGCGAGUGGUCCUCUGCCCGUCAUGUUUUACAUCCACGGCGGCGCCUUCAAGUUUGGAUAUCCCUUCUUCAGCAAUCCAGACUACUUAGUGGAGAAGGGUGUUGUGUUGGUCACAAUCUCUUAUCGCCUCGGCGCCCUCGGCUUCCUGAGCCUGAUGAACGACGACAUCCCGGGCAAUGCGGGGCUCAAAGACCAGGUGCUGGCGCUGCAGUGGGUGCAGAGAAACAUCGCGGCCUUCGGUGGAGAUCCCAGCAAGGUCGCCAUCUUUGGGGGAAGUGCAGGAGCUGGCUCCACAUCACAUCUCUUCCUCUCGCCGGUGACCAAGGGGCUCUUCAGCGAAGUGAUUAUGGAGAGUGGGGUGGCAACAGCCCCUUGGGCGCUGACGGACAAGCCGCGCGAGAGGGCUUACCGCAUGGGAGAGGCGCUCGGCUUCCAGACGCAGGGCGAUAACCACACUGACGACGACGACACGCGACUGUCUGCCUUCCUUCGCGUCGCCAACGCGUCCGACCUAGCCAGGGAUGACACUAUCGCCCUCACGGAAUUCGAGAAGCGCUGUCCCCUGCCGCUGGCUUUCCUGCCCGUCGUGGAGCCGCCCUCGGACUCUGCGGUGAUCGUCGAGCCUCCAGCGGACAGGCUGAGAGCCGGCAGCUACAACCGAGUACCCAUCAUGCUGGGCGUCACCUCCGGGGAAGGAUUAGUCAUACUUGGAAACUCCAAACUGCUGACGGAGGCGGGAGUCGCCGACAUGAAGGAGAACUUCACGGCAAUGAUCGCUCCUCAGCUGCCGCUGCCCACGGAGGAACAGCGGACUCGCGCGGCGGAACAGCUGGAGCAGUUCUACUUUGGGGACGAGGGCUUCUCUAUGGAGCAGAUGCAGUCCGUUAUUGAUUUGUUUUCCGACGUCUACUUCAUUAAUGCAGCGGACUCCUUCGCUAGAGCAGUGGUGCACUCCAGUACUAUACCUGUUUUUUUCUACUACUUCGACUACAAUGGCACCGGCUCCACGGAAUAUGGUAUGCAACAUGGAGGAGAAGGUUCAUACCUGUUUCCUAGCGUCUUACUUGGACCAGACACGGACCCUAAUUCCAACGAUGGGAAGGGAGACGACGUGUUCGUGACUACUGACAACGGAGUUCUGAGGGGCGUGGUUGCCACGUCAUUGAAUGGCGCUCUCUACAACCAGUUCCGGGGCAUACCGUUCGCCACGCCGCCUCUUGGUGAUCUCCGAUUCCGAGCUCCGCAGCCGGCGCCUUCCUGGUCCGGGGUUCGAGACGCGCUGGCCUUCGCGGAUGUGUGUGUCCAGCCCUCUUAUGACGGCAUACAGACAAUUGUCGGCUCCGAAGACUGUCUGUACCUGAACGUGUUCGUGCCCGUUAAUGGUAGUGGUCCUUUCCCCGUCAUGGUCUACAUCCACGGCGGCGCCUUCAGGAUAGGAAAUCCCGCCGGCGGCACUCCGGACUACUUCGUUGAGAGGGGCGUUCUGCUGGUCUCAGUCGCCUACCGCCUCGGCGCCCUCGGUUUCCUGAGCCUGCUGAACGACGACAUCCCUGGCAACGCAGGCCUCAAGGACCAAGUAUUGGGGUUGCAGUGGGUGCAGAGAAACAUCGCCGCCUUUGGUGGAGAUCCCAGCAGGGUCGCCAUCAUGGGAGGGAGCGCAGGAGCUGGCUCUACAUCACACCUCUUCCUCUCGCCGGCGACCAAGGGUCUCUUCAGCGGAGUGAUCAUGGAGAGUGGGGUGGCAACGGGCCCCUGGGCAGUGACGGACAAACCCCGCGAGAGGGCGUACCGGAUGGGGGAGGCACUCGGCUUCCAGGCGCAGGGCGGCAACCACACUGACGACGACGACGCGCGGCUGGCCGCCCUCCUUCGUGCCGCAAAUUACUCCAUCCUCAACGGCCCCGACCUAAUUGCACUCUCAGAUUUCGAGAAACGGUGCCCACUGCCGCUGGAUUUCGUUCCCGUUGUGGAGCCGCCCUCGGAUUCUGCGCUGGUCAUCGAGCAUCCAGUGGACGUCCUCAGAGCUGGCACAUACAAUCAGGUGCCCAUCAUACUAGGCGUCACAUCUGGAGAAGGAGCCCUUAUAUCCGUCAACACCACAAUUAUGACGGAAGCAGGGAUCGCCGACUUGAUGGAGAACUUCACGGCGCUGAUCGGCUCCCAGCUGCCGUUGCCCACCGAAGAACAGCGGACUCGCGCGGCGGAACAGCUGGAGCAGUUCUACUUUGGGGACGAGGGCUUCUCCACGGACGACAUGCAAGCCGUCACUGAUGUAAAUAAGCCGAUUCAAUAG